GGACAAUGGGCAUCACAUAGGAAAUGCGCAACCAGUUUGAGGUCAAAAAGACGCCCUGCGAGAGGGUCAUCGUGUCUUGGAUAACAUGGUAAUGGCGCCCUCAACCUUACGAUCUUUUGUCUUCUUGGCGUGGAUAUCAGUUGUCGGCAUUGGAUUACUGGGACUAUGGCUUUGGGACUUUGCUCCCGGGGAAAAUCCCUUGCCUCUCAUCAUCGGGUCCAGGCCCCGAGUCACUGUACGCCAAGGGGUUAUCGUCGGCUCAGAGGUCAAAACCGGGUAUCCCCAGACCCUGGAGAUGUUUUUGGGUAUUCCGUACGGGUUAUCAACCGCAGGCGAGCGGCGCUUCAGACCACCGGUUGGUGUGAACGCUUCCACAGAGAUAUUUGACGCGUCAAAAUAUGGAGAUCGAUGUCCGGCGGGGCCUAGUCGUGACGGCUUUCCCCAGAGUGAAGAUUGCCUCAAUCUCAAUAUAUACAGACCCAAAGCGCGAGAUGAGAGCAAGAAACUACCAGUCUUGGUUCAUGUCCAUGGCGGUGCUUUCAACACUGGCUUCGGCUCGAAUCGGCAGAUCUCGAACCUGGUUGCUUGGUCUGCGGAGCCCUUCAUCGGAAUCAGCUUCAACUAUCGCAUUGGUGCCCUCGGGUUCCUGCCUUCGAGGCUGACAGCAGAAGAGGGCCUCCUAAAUCUCGGGUUGAAAGAUCAGGCCCUGUUGUUCGAGUGGGUUCAAGAGAACAUUGCGGCUUUCGGAGGGAACCCGGAUGAUGUUACACUCAUGGGCGUCAGCGCUGGAGCACACUCGAUAGGACACCAUUUAAUGCAUAACACGGACAGGCCACCGCCCUUUCACAAGGUGAUCAUAGAAUCAGGCGCAACUACUGCCCGAGCGGUCUAUACGCCAACAAACCCAAUGCACGAGCAGCAAUUCCAAGAAUUUCUUACUGAACUUGGAUUCCAAGAUGUUCCCGAGCCAUACAUCAUGGAUGAAUUGCGUACGUUAGACGUUAAAAAGAUCAAGGAGGCAUCAGAUACAAUUUUCAAUAUCUAUAAUCCUUCAAUCCGAUGGCCUUUUCAACCCGUCAUCGACGGAGAAGGCGGUAUGAUUCCAAUUCCCCCGAUAGAUGCCUGGCGUUCAGGUAAAUGGCACAAAGUACCCAUCCUGACAGGCUUCAACACCAACGAAGGUGCUAUGUUCGUCCCCAAGACGAUCUCGACAGCAAGUCAAUUCACAGCGUUCCUCCACCGGCUACUCCCCAGUUUAUCAAAAGAUGAUCUCGAGAUCCUCAACGACGUAUACCCAGAUCCCCUUUCCCACCCAGACUCCAAGUACGUGGAAACGAGGAAGGGGGUCGGGCUAGGAGCGCAAUUCAAGAGGCUAGAGCAGGCAUAUGGCCACUUCGCAUACGUGGCUCCGGUCCGCCAAACCGCCCGCUUUGCAGCAGCGGACGGCGAUGCUCCCGUCUACCUCUACCAUUUCGCCGUAAACAGCAGUGUUAUAGGAGGUGCGGAUCAUGGAAACCAUGCCCCGUUCGUAACCUACAACAGAGAUAUUCGGGAGAGGUCGGAUAGCAUAGAGGAAAUCUCGGGACUGAUGCACGCCUACUGGACGAGCUUCAUCACUACAGGAGACCCAAACGCUAUCGAGGGCAGAUAUCCAGACAGACUACCAUGGCCUGCAUAUACCCGCGACGCAGGGAAGCUGAUCGUGUUCGGGGCCGGCAACGACGAAUACGCCGGCGGGCAGAACAAAGGAACGGCCGUGCAGAUCAUGGACGAUACGUGGGCGCUCGAGGAGUGUCGGUUUUGGUGGGCAAGGACGGAGUUAUUCGAAUUAUGAAAUGAAAUAGGAAUAUCGCAUAUAGAUAGAUCGGGUGUAUACGUAUGUAUUGUAUGUAUUGAUAGCCUUUUAAGCGUUUGAAUUCAGACGUAUUUUGGAUCUUCUUGGGACUUUACUUUUCUCCUCGACUUGUGGAGAAGUCGUUUAUGAUUUUGUUUCGUGGGGGUUGUACUGUAC